AUGUGCACCUCUAGCUGUUUGACAAUCCUAUACCGUAAUUGGAAAACUUUGGGCCGGGAAUACACUCGAAUUUUCUCAUUUCGCAAGUCUCUAGAGUGUUUACACCUGACUCACUCCUGUCUGGAGGCGAACGUGGUUGCGGGUGUCAGGGUGACAGCUGCACCAAGUUGUGUCGUUGGGGUCGUGGGCGAUGCUGCCGCACUGGAGUGCGGAUUUCCAGGAGCUCCUACGUUUUUUGUGAAGGAGUGCACGUGA